UUUGCAUUGUAAAUAGAGAAUUUAUUAGAGUAAAAUACGGGAACACAAAAUGGUGUAGGAGGACAUCAACCAAAGCCUACUACCAGGAAAGUCAAACAACAUAGGGGAAACCGAUUGCAUCAAAUUUAAGAAUCCUCAAGAAAUGAGAAAAUUUCACAUCCUUCCCGAGGCUAAUAUAUCUAGCAACCACAUUGAUAUUCUCAGGGAUUACAUUGAUGUAAAUGUAAUCUUGAUGCAAGAUAUUCCUAAUUCUCGUUAUCGUAUGAAUGUGAUCCCAAUGGUCUUUGCAAUGUUGCUGGAUGGCCUUUUGACAUGUUUGUUCUCGAGGUCCAAGUUGUGGAUUCUUAGAGACCUAACCCUGCAAGCAUUAAUGGCUAUGAGAAUUGUUUCAAAAAAUGUUGUGAAAGGGAUUACUGCAAAAAUAUUCACCAUGGAGGUGAAAAACUAAUUCACCGUUAUGAUUACGAACAGCAACCCCACUUUUAAAGUUCAUACCAGAUUGAGUAACGGAAAUAUUGAUAGAAAAUUUAUCACAAGGGAGAGGCAACCAUCCAUAAAUAUUGGCUUUUCUCUUCUUGUUCCCCUUCGGGUGAUUUCGCCAACCGUGAAAAUCAUAGAGGUCCUUAUUGAUUCGGACGAUAGCCUCGGGAUUACUCAUAAGAUAAUCAUGGAAAAAACCGUGUUCCUACAUUUCCAAAGGUUCCAAAGG